UCUUGUGAGGAAUUUAAUUUACAGUUAUGUUUGACGUUAACAUUUUAUCCAUUUUAUUAAGUUUUCUAAAGUAUUUAUUCAUUAAUUUUAAUUUUCCGCUUCUUCAAAAAUGAUAGUUUCUAUAUAGAAAAAAAAAUUAACUGUUUGAAAAUAAGUUUGCAAAGAAGGUUUAUUGUUUAUAAAUAUAAGAAGUCUAUUUUCAGUAAUAUGACAGUUAAAAAUGACAAAAAAGAAGAAAUUGUAUCAGAAAAAGAGAAUGAAAAAGAAACGACAGAUUUACAAUGGUGGCUCAUUUUUAGUAUUAUUGUUAUUUUAACUGCCGGUACCAGAUUUUAUAAGGUCACUGAACCACAUCACGUGUGUUGGGAUGAAACGCAUUUUGGAAAAAUGGGAAGUUGGUACAUUAAUAGAACAUUUUUCUUUGAUGUUCAUCCUCCACUUGGAAAGAUGUUAAUAGCACUUUCUGGUUAUUUAACCGGAUAUGACGGGAAGUUUCCAUUUGAGAAGCCUGGUGAUAAAUAUGAGAAUGUUAACUAUGUAGGAAUGCGUGUGUUUUGCACAUUCCUGGGAGCGACGAUUGUUCCACUUGCUUUUCUCACUGUUUGGGAUUUAACGAAUUCCCUAAGAGCUGCGACCAUAUCCGGUCUUCUUAUUUUAUUCGACAUUGGACUAUUAACGCUAAAUCAAUAUAUUCUACUUGAUCCAAUUCUCCUAUGUUUUAUGAUGUGUGCAACGUGGGGAAUGUCUCGCGUCAGUUUCUAUCAGGAUCGUCCAUUUACAUUUACCUGGUGGGGUUGGAUGAUAUUUACCGGAAUUUCUCUGGCUUGCACAAUAAGUGUAAAAUUUGUUGGAUUAUUCGUUGUGCUUUUAGUUGGACUUUACACUGCCUUUGAACUUUGGCGUGAACUUGGAAACUUAAAGGAACCAAUUUCGAACGUUGGGAAGCAUUUAUUGGCGAGGUGCAUUUGUUUAAUUAUUCUGCCAAUUUUACUUUAUAUUAGUUUCUUUUACAUACAUUUGACUAUUCUCAACAGAAGUGGCAGUGGAGAUGGAUUUUACAGUUCGGAAUUUCAAUCGUUGCUUAAGGGAAAUUCUCUUCAUAAUGCAACGAUGCCACGACAAUUGGCUUACGGUGCGACAAUAACUUUAAAAAAUCACAGAACCGGUGGCGGUUAUUUGCAUUCACAUUGGCACAUUUAUCCAGAAGGAGUUGGCGCACGACAACAACAGAUUACUACUUAUUCCCACAAGGACGACAAUAAUUUAUGGUUGGUGAAGAAAUUUGACACGGACGAGACUGCGGAAGUGCCAGUUUUAGUAAAACACGGCGAUUUAAUUCGACUUGAGCAUGUUGUUACGAAACGCAAUUUACACGCGCAUGCAGAAAUCGCUCCGGUUUCAAAAAAACACUAUCAAGUCACCGGCUACGGAGAGAAUGGAGUAGGAGACGCAAACGACGUGUGGAAAGUAUUAAUAAUUAACGGAAAAGAUGGAGACAUUGUCGAAACGGUGACAAGUAAAUUGAAAUUUGUUCAUUAUUUGCAAAAUUGUGCCUUGACGUGCAGUGGUAAAACUUUACCAAAAUGGGCUUUUAGUCAACAAGAAGUAUCCUGCAAUCCUAAUAUGAGGGACAAAAAUGCCCUCUGGAAUAUUGAGGAUAAUAAUUUUUCAAAAUUACCAAAUGUGAGUUUUCAAUUAUAUGCUCCUGGAUUUUUCAAAAGAUUUUUAGAAUCUCACGCUGUGAUGUUACAAGGAAAUUCGGACCUGAAAGUAAAAGAGGGAGAAAUUUCUUCUAAACCAUGGCACUGGCCGAUUAAUUAUAGGGGUCAAUUUUUUUCGGGCAAUGAGCAACGAAUUUACCUGCUGGGUAAUCCAUUGAUUUGGUGGGGAAAUUUGGUGUUUUUGGUAAUAUUCAUUAUUCUCUAUAUUGAUGCAGCAGUGAGGGAGAAACGAGGCCUUAAAGAAACUGUUGCAUCGUUAAAGCAACGUGAAAAAAUAAUGAACGCUGGCGUAUGGCUUUUCAUUGGAUGGUUCCUUCAUUAUGCGCCAUUUUGGACAAUGACAAGAAUUUUAUAUUUUCAUCAUUAUUUUCCGGCUUUAAUUUUUAAUUCCAUGCUCACGGCCGUCACUCUCGAUCAUAUUGCCGAAAGUAUUUUAAUUUAUCUACCAAAUCGAUUUGGUAAAACUAUUUAUCACGUACUUGCCGCUACUUUCUUGUCAACUGUCUCCUACAGUUUCUAUUUAUUCUCGCCGCUAGCUUACGGAAUGGAGGGACCAUCAUCGGGAGAUUCGAAAAGUUCAAUGCAUUUCUUGCGAUGGAUGGAUACCUGGGAAUUUUAAUUUAUAUUAUUAAGAAACAACAGUCUGAUGAGUAUAUUACUCAAAUUGAUGAUUAUUUUACACUUAAGAACGUACUUUUUCUAAAAAGAAGGUAUUUUUAAAAUGAAUUUAGAAAAAAAAUUUUUAUUGCAAUUUGUUACACAUUUUCUACAUAAUUUUAUAUUUUUAUCCAAACUAUUUUUUAUACAUUUCUACGACGUUUC